AUGUCGAAACUUACGGAAUCACUUCCUCGUCUCAAGGACAAAGAUUGCCAACUACAAGUUUUAAACUUUGCUCCAUAUGACAAUUCCGAGAUUGCGGAUAUUAUUAAAGACCGCCUUAAAGCUGCGUCAUCUUCAGAACAUUCUUUCUUAAUAGAUGAUAAAGCAAUCGAAUUGUGCGCAAAAAGAGUUGCGGCUAAUAACGGCGAUUGUAGAAAGGCAUUAGAUGUUCUUAGAAAAUCUUUUGAACUUGCUGAGACUGAAGAUAUUGAUAAUAUAUUAGACCCAGACGUUAAAGACUCUGCUGAGAAAUCAGAACUUGAUAAUUCUAAUUCACCAAUGGUCACAAUUACACAUAUUAAUCAAAUUACAAAUUCUGAUAUCACGGGCACAUCUAUGAUGCGAACUCUUAAUGCUUUACCGUUUCUUCAACUGCUCAUAAUUUGUACAUUGGUUAUCAUGAAGAAGAAAAAAAUGAAAAAGAUUACUUACGGCGAGGUUAGUUCAAAUAAUUUACUCGAUUUUUUAUUUGUUAAUCCUCUAAAAAUAUCAUUUCGUUUCUAG